CGCGUUGCGUCGGCGCUUGUCAGGAGGGAAAAAAAAAAACAGCGGGUGCAGUUCCGGAAAAACGUGAUAAUCCGGCGGUAAAAUAGCGCGAAGAAGCCUAGCGUGGAAAGGGGCGGUGAGAAGAAGAAUGGGCGGCUGGGACUGCAUGCUGUAGGCUGUAGCAGCGCCCCUCUAAGCUACACCACGCUCAGCUUCAGGCCCUGGAGACCCCCGAGUUCUGGGUCGGGGUCGGGGGCGUUAGGGGUUGUAUGGGCGUGCCUGUUGGGCGUUCCGCCGUUCUCGGUUUAGACUCAAAAGGGGGAAAGGAACAAGCCAAGGCAGGCGAAAAACCCAGCCAAAGAGAGAAAGAAAAAAAUACCCUUCAACUUGGUCGCAUCCAACUCUGCGCUCGCUCCCUCCUCUUUGCUGCUGCUGAGGCGCCAAACUGCUAGAGGCCCACUACUAGUUACGGAGUAGUUAGUUAGCUUGUUCAUCCCUUCCACUGGUUAGCUCAUACGCUGUUACAUACGCUGCGUAGUUCCAACCAACCAACCGGUUCUCGACUUGCCACAAUAAACGGCCGCGUUUUUCCUCGUCCUCACUCACCUUUGCCAAUUCUUAUCUCUUCCUCUCCCUCCCGCUACUGCGUAGUUAUGCUACUCUAGCCAGGAGGAACUCUUCAUUUCUCUCACACACCUUCACUCAAUUCCUCCUUCUCCCGUUUGUGUGGCUUACGCAGCGACUUGGGCGGUGCAGAUCUUCUCUCGCCCACCCUCCUACAUACUUUUUUUUAUCCGGUCUUUUUCAAUCUCUUUUCUUUUCUCGUCCUCUGGAAAUCCUUCAAUUCCAAUAUUCUACCCAGUAAACCAUAUUCCCUCCGCUUCCCAGGAGCUGGUUUCGUCGUUUGUGGCUUUGUAUACCAUCAUCGCGUUUUCGACGUCUUCUUUCUUCCGGUCCCUCCGAGUCUUAUUACCUCAAUGUCCGCUAUUGUGAUGAUUAGAUAGCCGGCAUCCCCCUUUCCUUUUUCUUUUUUGUCUCGUCCGCCCAUCGAUCAAAGCCUUCUCGUCCCCUAAGACUUAAAAGUCGCAUACGUUCUUUUAACCGGGGAACAGACAGCAUUGGCUUCGGCAACAAGAGCUCAAAAUACCAUUCUCGAGUUCCGGAGAAAGAGAGAAACACGUAAAAAAUCGCGAGAAAAACAACCCCCCCCCCCCCCCCAAGGAAAAAAACAUGAGGGGGUCCUGGGUUCUUCCCCAACGGUUCCGCAACGUCAAUGCUUGCGACUCCGCAGAAGCCGGGUGGGUCAAUCGCCGCUUGGACACAGCGCUGCAGGCCGCCUCCAGCAGAAGCUGUCUACAUCCCAUCCAUAACCAUCGUCGUCAUCGCAUUGCUGGCAAGUACAACCUAUGUUGGGCUUCUCGAGGGGAGCCUGUUUGACGCCGUGAGAGACGUGGGCGCAGGCCCGGGACAGCUGGAUGUUGAGCCGUUGUUAACUGGGGCGAGGAAUCUGCGACUGGGUGAAGCUACAGGGUGGAGGUGGCAGAUUGAUAAUGCUGUACAGGUGGAGGAUGCGAAGAAUGUACAGCAUUUGGCUUUGACAACAUUCGUCUUCCCGGAUUCAUCCGCCCGGUCCCCACAGGCACCACCGGCAGCGAAGAACGUCGCAGUUCCAGCCAACUGCUCCGCAGUGCCUAUCCCACAUACGCCCAAUUUGCUCUCCCCGAUAUCGCACGAUUCGUCAUUGGCGUUUGCCGUGCCUUAUGAUCAGAUAUCCGAUUUCUUGAAAGCGGCACAGGAGAUUCCAGCGGAGCAGGAUGCCGAGGAUGGCUCGACGGAGCAGAAGAAGUGGAUCAUGAAAGCUGCGCGUAGCUCAGGCUCUGGCUCGCGACGGGUUUUGCGGAUUUGGCUUACAGAUGCCUGGAAUUCGUUUGUUGAUCUUUUGAAACAUGCGGAAACCGUGGAUAUAAUUAUCAUGGUUCUGGGGUAUAUAUCCAUGCAUCUAACAUUUGUGUCCCUGUUCCUGUCCAUGAGACGUCUCGGCUCCAAAUUUUGGCUCGCAGCCACCGUGCUCUUCUCGAGCGUCUUUGCGUUCCUAUUUGGCCUCCUUGUCACGACUAAACUCGGCGUUCCCAUCAACAUGGUGCUCUUGUCAGAAGGACUUCCUUUCCUGGUAGUUACGAUCGGAUUUGAAAAACCCAUCAUCCUGACCAAAGCUGUCCUGUCAGCUUCGCUGGAUACUCGCCGCCAGGCCCCUCCUAGACAGGCAGGCUCAACCACCGUCUCCUCGCCAAGCUCCAUACAAGACGCCAUCCAAUUCGCCAUCAAAGCUAAGGGUGUUGAAAUCGUUCGCGAUUACUGUAUCGAAAUUGCGAUCUUGGUUGCUGGUGCUGCAUCUGGGGUUCAGGGUGGCCUGCGACAGUUUUGCUUCCUCGCUGCCUGGAUCCUGUUUUUCGACUGCGUUUUGUUGUUCACCUUCUACACCACGAUACUAUGUAUCAAGCUGGAGAUCAACCGGAUCAAGCGACAUGUGGCUCUCCGCAAAGCGCUGGAAGAGGACGGCAUUACCCGCACCGUCGCGGAAAAUGUGGCGGCGAGCAAUGACUGGCCCCGCAUGAGCCCUGAGGGAACUGAUGCGAAUGGAAAAUCCAAGGGAAAUACCAAUGGGGUAUUCGGCAAGAAGGUCAAGGCGAGUAGCGUGCCAAAGUUUAAGAUUCUGAUGGUCGGUGGAUUCGUGCUUGUUAAUGUGUUCAAUAUUUGCACCCUUCCGUUCCGAAACCGUGGGGAUGGGCUCGUUUUCCCGGCACUGUCGAAACUUUCCAAUUUGCUUUCACCAGCCCCGAUUGAUCCGUUCAAAGUUGCAGAGAAUGGGUUGGAUUCGAUUUAUGUGGAUGCGAAGAGCAAGCAGCUGGAAUCCGUUGUUACCGUGCUAGCGCCUAUCAAGUAUAACCUUGAGUACCCCUCUGUUCACUAUGCCGGAGCGGAGGAAGGUGGUAUUUUUGAUAUUGAAUAUACGGAUCAAUUUUUGGAUGCUGUUGGAGGUAAAGUUAUCGAGAGCCUCCUAAAGAGUCUCGACGAUCCGAUCAUCAGCAAGUGGAUUAUAGCCGCUCUGACAUUAAGUGUUAUUCUCAAUGGAUACCUGUUUAACGCUGCGCGGUGGAGUAUUAAGGAGCCGGAACCUGUUAAUGAAAUCUCCAAGGAACCUGAGAUUGACCAUGAGAAGGAGCAGAGGAAACAGGAGGUUAAGGCUAAUGGCACGCUUCGCUCGCGCGAGGAGUGUGAGAAGUUGCUCAAGGAGAAGAUGGCACCGUUUUUGACAGAUGAGGAGUUAAUUGAUCUUUCGGUCCGCGGGAAAAUACCUGGUUAUGCUCUGGAGAAGACCAUGGAAGACCCAAGCAUUCCCCGCAUCGAUGCGCUGACGAGAGCCGUGAAGAUCAGAAGAGCCGCUACCGCAAGGAACCCUCAGACCGCGUACUUGACCAGCUCACUCGAAAGCUCCAAGGUGCCGUAUAAGGAUUACAACUACACCCUCGUCCACGGUGCCUGCUGCGAAAACGUCAUCGGCUACCUCCCGCUCCCUCUCGGUCUCGCAGGGCCGCUCACCAUCGACGGCCAAAGCUACUUCAUUCCCAUGGCGACAACGGAGGGUGUCCUCGUCGCGAGCACAAGCCGUGGCUGCAAGGCUAUCAACGCCGGCGGCGGCGCCAUCACCGUCAUCACCGGCGACGGCAUGACCCGCGGGCCUUGCGUUGCGUUCCCAACCCUCGCCCGUGCCGGCGCUGCCAAAGUCUGGCUAGACUCCGAAGAAGGCCAGACCGUGAUGAAGAACGCCUUCAACUCCACCAGCCGCUUCGCGCGCCUGCAGUCCAUGAAAACGGCCAUGGCCGGCACGAACCUCUACAUCCGCUUCAAGACCACGACGGGCGAUGCGAUGGGCAUGAACAUGAUCUCCAAGGGCGUCGAGAAGGCGCUGCAUGUCAUGUCCACGGAGGCUGGGUUUGAGGAUAUGGAUACCAUCUCCGUGUCCGGGAAUUACUGUACGGACAAGAAGCCGGCUGCGAUUAACUGGAUUGACGGGCGUGGAAAGGCUGUUGUUGCCGAGGCGAUUAUACCUGGUGAUGUGGUGCGGAGCGUGCUGAAGAGCGAUGUGGACGCGCUUGUGGAGCUGAAUAUUAGCAAGAAUCUGGUCGGGAGUGCGAUGGCGGGUAGCAUUGGCGGGUUCAACGCGCAUGCCUCUAAUAUCGUCACGGCUCUAUUCAUCGCGACGGGCCAGGAUCCCGCGCAGAAUGUCGAGAGUAGCAACUGUAUCACCAUGAUGAAGAACGUAAACGGCAACCUCCAAAUAAGCGUCUCCAUGCCCUCCAUCGAAGUAGGCACAAUAGGCGGCGGCACAAUCCUCGAAACCCAAUCCGCCAUGCUCGAGCUCCUCGGCGUGCGUGGCCCGCACCCGACAAACCCAGGCGACAACGCCCGCCGUCUCGCCCGCAUCGUCGCCGCUGCCGUGCUCGCGGGUGAGCUCUCUUUGUGCGGCGCGCUGGCCGCGGGCCAUCUUGUCAAGGCACAUAUGGCCCAUAAUCGCAGUGCACCGGCGGCGACUGCUGCGUCGACGAGGUCUAUUACGCCUGUUUCGGCGGCGGUGGGGGCGGCGGCGGUCGGGUUGGGGAUGACGCCUGCAUCUGGUGCGGGGCGGUGAUUGGUGAUUGAGGCUGUUGUCUACCUUUUUUCGUGUGACGAUACGAUUAAUUUACUCAUAUUUUGUUUCUUUUGCGUUUUUUCAUCUAUUUCGUUUUCACCUUUUUUUCCCACCAUGGCAUAUAUGGAGCGUAUAUAUCCCCUGGAUAUUUUGUUUCUAUCUUCCCUUUUUUCUUCCUGAACUCAUAAUUAUUUUAUAAUGUAAUGUACUUUUUGGUCAAAAUGUCCCAGGUAUUUUUUUUUUUUUCCUUUUUCUUUCGUCUUUUUCUUUUCUUUCUUCGUCUUUUUCUUUUCUUUCUUCGUCUUUUUCUUUUCUUUUCUUCUUUUCUUCAUUUCUUCCCCUCUCGCGUCAGUUACAUUUUUUUUGUCGGUUUGAUGUCCUUGAUGUGAUUAAGCUUCUCCUUCCAAAGAAAUAACUAAAUAAAGCCAUGUACGGAAAAUGAACAAGGGGGCUGGACUGGGCCGGGCCGGGCCGGGCUUGAUGCAAGGGAGAGGAGAGAAAAGGCAAAUCUACCUCGCAGGCCCAAGCAGGGUUUCUUGAUGGCUGCUUGCAGUGAAUGAAUUGGGGGACUUGGCUGAGGUGUUUUCUUUCUUUCUCAUCUCGUCGAUUUCUUGGUCCUCUCUCCCUUCCCUUUCUUUUUUCUCUUCUUCUCGAGGGAGGGUUCCGUGUUUCCUUCCCACCACCCAGGCCCAGCGCGCCCUGAUGAUGGAUGGAUGGAUGGAUGGAUGGAUGGAUGGAUGGAUGGAUGAGUGUAGUGUAUAUGACCUACGCAAAUACUGUACUGUACCUAGAGAGAUAUAAAUACACCGCUACCUAGUGACUCUUCCAUUUGACACAUCUAAAUAUCUCAUAAAUAUCUCCAAUGCGAAUGGAGGUUUCAUCCAUUUCUUAUUGCUGCCCCC